CUGAUGAGUUUCAAUAUGACUUCCUGCAGACCCAUAUUGUAUAUUUUAUUUGCUGUGGUAUAUCUAUCUCUGAUUGCCAAGUGUUGCACAUUGGAUAUCGGAAAAGGUAACUGUGGACUUCAUUAUUGCGAUAAUAUAAAGCCAAAAUGUGUAGUUGCAAAUUGUACAGCCAAUCAGAUUAAAAAAACAUAUCCCUUCUUGUGCAGAUGCUGUCCUGAAUGUUAUAACAUCAAAGAUGAAGAUGAACCAUGUGGAGAAGAAAUUUAUGCAGUUUGUGGCCCUCAUUUGAAGUGUUACAAAAAAGUGUGCAUAUCAAUACGAUUCUAACAAUCUAAAUCUAGUGAUUUAGGUACUCUAAAAUAUUGUAUUUAGUAUAAAAAUAAAUAAAGGUCAUUUAAAU